AUGCAAGAAACACUUUUUGCAUUGCAAAAAGGUCAGGAAGAACUUCAGAUUGGACAAGACGCACUCAAGAAAGGUCAAGAAGUACUCCGGGAUGAACAAGCAUUGCUUAGGCAGGAGAUUGCCAAUGUUUGUAAAGAUAUGAAUGGCCAAGAAAGCCCAGAGCCGACAAUAAAUCUCAGUAGAGCAAUUCCAAGACCAGUACCAAAUAUCAAAGAUAUAACUUUGGUACAUAUCUACAGAAUGAUGAGCCACGAUCUUGGGGUUGAGCUGGAUAAAGGAAACAAGGCAAUCCUUUACACUUGUACAGGUUUUGUCUGCGAUGAGCUGGUCACUCUUCCUUCUGUGCAAGCUCUGGGACAAUAUCCAAACUGGAGUGCAAUUUCUCAAGAGGACAAGAACUGGGCGUGCACCAGACAUGCCUGUCUACUUAGAAACAAUGGUAUAGACUUUACUAGAUGCCACAAAAACUGGGCAUCUGUUGCAAAGGUUAGCCAAUUAUAG